AUGGAGAACAUUCUUACAGAGGAAUCGGAUCAUAUGGCAAUCCUGGUGCAUGUUCGAGACAUGGAGACAACGCAGCCGAGGGGGGACCACCCCGUUCGGUGUGAAGAGAUGUGGCUGCGGCAUGAGGGCUAUGAGGCGAUGAUGCAGCAUGCUUGGGAGCAAGUGCAGGGGCAGAACAAGUCCCCCGGAGCAGUAUGCGACAGGUUACAUGAAAUAACGAAGUCGCUGCGAGGAUGGGGACGCACGGUGUUUGGGUCGGUUCGGCGACAGAUUCAAAGGCUGGAGAAAGAGUUGUUGGAUGCCAAAGAGCGCGCGUUAGUCACUGGAUUAACGACGGAAGUGCGUGAUAUAGAGAGUCAGCUAAAUGAAGUUUAUGAGAGAGAGGAGAUUAUGCAAAAACAACGUUCUCGUGUAGACUGGCUCAAGGCGGGGGACCGGAACACCCAAUAUUUUCAGAACCGGGCCUCCCAUCGAAAGAGGAAGAACACGGUGAAGGAGUUGAGGUGGGAGAAUGGUACGAGAUGUACGGAUGAUGAGGGCAUACGGGAGUUGGCGGCUACGUUCUAUGAGAAGCUUUUUGCGUCGGAGGGAUCUGUCCAGACAAAGAGACUCCUAGAUCUUUUUGACCCUGUCAUUUCUGAGGAUAUGAAUGCCAGGUUGACGGCUCCUAUAUCGGAUGGGGAGAUUGAGCGUGCUCUGUUUCAGAUGGGGCCUAUGAAAGCACCCGGCCCGGAUGGCCUGCCGCCUUGUUUUAUCAGAGACACUGUUAGCACACCGGAGCUGAUGUCUCAGUUUAGGUCAAUAAGUUUGUGUAAUGUGCUCUAUAAGAUUGCUACUAAAGUUUUGGCUAACAGGCUCAAGGUGAUCUUACCUGUGUUGAUAUCUGAGGAGCAGAGCGCUUUCGUACCAGGGAGGCUCAUGACAGAUAAUGUUUUAGUGGCCUAUGAAUGUUUUUCUGCGUUACUAAGAGCUGCUCAACAUGAGAAUAAACUCAAGGGGGUGUCGUUUGGGAGCACUGGCCCCCACCUCACUCACCUUCUCUUUGCAGACGACAGCAUUGUCUUCCUGGAGGGGAACCGUGGCAGUUUUGAGGCACUAAGGGACAUACUUCGGGUUUAUGAGGAAGCCUCAGGACAGAAGGUCAACUUGCAAAAGUCAUCGGUUUUCUUUGGGAAAGGGUGUAGAGAUGCGAGUAAGGUUGAAUUACUUGGAGUGAUUGGGAUCAACUCUGAAGCUUUGAGUGAAAGGUACUUAGGACUGCCGACACUGGUCGGUAGGUCCAAAGAGGGGACUUUUAAAUAUGUCAAAGAGAGUUCAGCUGGAAAAGUUACUGGAUCGAAGGGUCAAGGGCUGUCAAAGGCGGCACGAGAGGUCCUCGUCAAGUCGGGACUCCAAGCUACGCCAACUCUCACCAUGAGCUGCUUCCAACUCACCAAGAAAAUGUGCCGGAACCUGACUUCUAUUUCAUCUAACUUCUGGUGGGGAGAAGCUAAUGGGGAGAGGAGGGUGCACUGGCUUGCAUGGAAAAAGAUGUGUAGGGAGAAGCGAGAAGGAGGAAUGGGCUUUCGGGAUCCAUAG